AUGGAAAAAUACUUGCCUAAAGACGGACCAUACAUCACUGGAGAUAAGUCAAUUUAUCAGUUUGGUGACACAAUAAAUUUGAACUGUACAUCAGCCAAGUCUUACCCAGCAUCCAGUCUUCAUUGGUACAUAAACAACAUUUCGGCGAGAGAAGAAUCUUUGAAGAGGUACCCAGCGCAAAAACACCCUCGAGGGCUCAUGACGACAACUUUGGGGUUGCAUUUACCUUUGGAUGCGGAGACCGUAUUGAACGGGGCAGUGAGGGUCAGGUGUGUGGCUGUACUUUCACCUGUAUUGUGGACUGGUGACAACGAGAAAGUGCUACCCAGACAAGAUAAAAGAGAAGCACUCCUGCUCG